UAUACUCAAUAAAUCAAAAAAAAAAAGGAAAAGCUUUUGGAAAUUAUUGCUUUCUAAUAUUUUCAACAAACAAAAUUUUAUAAUUAAAGAAAAAAUAAUUUUAAUAGAAUUAUGUAAAGGAAAAAGUUCUGAUUAAAAAUCAUAUUUAAGGAGCUGGUUGAUAAACGGUAGGUAGAAAAAAAAAGUAUUUUCUACACAUUAAAAAUGAUUUAUUUAUAAUAGAAGUACAGUUGUAAAGAAUAACUGAUAAAUCUAUUUGUGAAAAAAAAACAGAAUUUUUCUAUUCUUGCAGAACCACACCACACACACACACACGCAGAACACGAGUUAGGAGAAGAAAAAAAGUGGAAUAAAGGACGAAGAAGAAAAAGAAGAAGAAGACACUUCUGUUGUGUAAUCAAUCAAGCUGCUGGGGAGGUGGCUGAACAAAACCCUAAUCUCAAUUUCCCCCGAAUAUGCCAUUUCUGAGGAUUGUGAGACUUCUGCUGCCUGGGAUCAGGAUCUUGAUUAGAAGGUCGCUACUUUGGUUGCUGUAGAUGCAUAUCCGUGAAUAUAUUCCUUCUUGGAUCUUCCAGUUAUUUGGUUGCAUGGGAGGUUGUUUUGGGAGCUGUAAUAAACCACCACCGCUUAUAGUUGCAGUGGAUGAGCCUUCUAAAGGGUUAAGGAUUCAAGGUCGUUUAGUCAAGAAGCCGAGCGUAUCAGACGAUUUCUGGAGCACGAGCACCUGCGAUAUGGAUAACAACAGCACAAUGCAGUCACAGAGAAGCGUGUCUUCUAUUAGCUUCACUAACAACACUGCUACUUCUGCAAGUAGUAGUAGCAACCCCAAUGAAUUUGUAAACACCGGAUUGAACCUCUGGAACCAAACUAGACAACAAUGGCUUGCAAGUGGAUCUUCUCGAACAAAGGCCAAAGUUCGAGAACCUACAAUAAGCUGGAAUGCAACAUAUGAGAGCCUGUUGGGUGUGAACAAGCGGUUCUCACGUCCAAUACCUCUUCCUGAAAUGGUGGAUUUUCUGGUGGAUGUGUGGGAGCAAGAGGGCUUGUAUGAUUGAUUUUGUAACUCUUUCAAACUUACUUUCCUCUUUUUCUUUUUCUUAUGUGUGUGUAAUAUCUGAAUUGUGGCAUCUUUAGUCUUAUUGUGUACGUAUAAAUGAUUAAGGGUGUGAACUGAUUUUGAAGAAAAUCCUACCAAAAUCAAAUUAUUGCCGAGAAAGUAAAUUUAUCUUUCAAGUUGUA